AUGUCAACGCGCGACGGCGGAGGCGGCCGGCGUGGCGGCCACGAAGCAGCAGGUCGUGGAGGUGGCAGCCGAGGAUGGGGCCGUGGCGCCGCAGAGUUCGGUGGCCGAGCUGGUGGUGGCGGCGGCCGUGGAGGUGGCGGUGGCGGCCAAGCGCGGGGCCGUGGCGGCGCGGAGCCCGGUGGCCGAGGUGGCGCGGCGCGUGGCGGCCGUGGAGGCGGCGAGAGAGGGGGACACCAGUUCUUCCACGGCACCCACCAGCCGGUCGGUGGUGGGCGAGGCGGUGGCGGACACCACCACCAUGGCGUGCCUGCUCAGGGUGCUCAGGGCCAGCCGCGCUGGCAAGUGGCCGCGACGCCGCCGGCGUCGAGGCCGCCACCUGCGGAAGUUGAGGCGCUGAGCGGCGAGGUGGAGAGGAAGGCGGUGGUGGCGGCGGCAGAGGCGCGGGAGGGGCCGUCGGGCACCGCGCAUGAGCCUGCCGCCGCCCCGGCGCGGGUCGAGGGGGAGCUAGGGACGUCGCUGGGGGCGGCAGACCAGGGGGGCUCUCAGGGGAGGCUGCCCCCGGCGUCGAGCAAGGCGCUGGUGUUCCCCGCGCGGCCGGGGUACGGCACGCUCGGCCGGAGGUGCCGCGUGCGCGCCAACCAUUUCCUCGUCCAGGUGGCGGACAAGGAGAUCUACCACUACGACAUCGUGAUUAGUCCAGAAUCAGAGUCAAGGAAAAGAAAUCGAUGGAUCGUUAACGAACUCGUUAAAUUGCACAAGCAAUACUUGGAUGGGCGACUGCCUGUUUAUGAUGGUAGAAAGGGCCUUUUCACUGCUGGUCCACUACCGUUCAAAGCCAAAGAAUUUGUUCUGAAACUAACCAAUCCUGAGAGAGCAAACCAGGGUGAGAAAGAGUACAGGGUGACCAUAAAAGAUGCUGCAAAAUUAGAUUUGUACAGCCUUAGGCAGUUCUUGGCUGGUAGGCAGAGGGAACUGCCACAGGAUACUAUCCAAGCCCUUGAUAUCGCUAUGAGAGAACGUCCAAAUGAAAAGUAUGUAUCCAUCUCAAGAUCAUUUUUCUCACAGACAUUUGGACAUGGCGUUGAUAUUGGCAGUGGUGUGGAAUGCUGGAGGGGAUAUUUCAGCAACUGCAUUUUACAAGGCUCAACCGGUUUUGGAUUUUGCAUUGAGUACUCAAUAUACGUGACACCUCAAAGGCGUUUGUCUGACCAGGAUCGCAUAAAAUUGAAGAAAGUCCUCAAAGGAGUACGGGUUGUGGCAACACAUCGCCGUGAUAUAGCCAUACGUUACAAGAUUACUGGGAUAACCUCACUUCCCUUGAGUGAUUUAACGUUUGAUCAAGAUGAGACAAGGGUUUCAGUUGCUCAAUACUUUAAACACCAAUAUAAUUACUGUUUGAAACACAUUCACUGGCCAUGCCUUCAAGCUGGCAGUGAUAGCAGACCGACUUAUUUACCCAUGGAGGUUUGCAAUAUACUUGAAGGACAACGCUAUUCUAGAAAGCUAAAUGAGCGCCAAGUCACAAGCAUCCUGAAGAUGGCAUGUGAGCGACCAACUCAAAGGGAGGGUAGCAUUUUAGAGGUAGUUAAUAGGAAUAACUAUGGUAAUGAUCAUUGUGCCAAAGAAUUUGGUAUUAAGGUGACAAAUGAACUUGCCUUGGUUGAUGCGCGUGUGCUGCCAGCUCCGACGCUUAAGUACCAUGACUCUGGGCGAGAAAAGGUGUGUAGUCCUUCCAUUGGUCAGUGGAACAUGAACAACAAGAGAUUGAUCGAUGGAGUAUCCAUUAAGUAUUGGGCUUGUGUGACUUUUGCUUCUCGCUUGCAUCCAAAUGACGUCCGGAUGUUUUGCAACAACUUGGUUGGGGCGUGCAAUGAUAUUGGCAUGCAAAUAAAUGGGAGACCUUGUGUUGAUGUUGGGCAAGCACGCCCAGAUAACUUAGAAGCUGCACUCAGAAAUACUCAUAGACAAUCUGCACAAAUGCUUGCCCAACAAGGUGUGACUAGGCCACAGCUUGAUUUACUAAUUGUUGUAUUGCCAGAUGCAAAUGCAAGUUUCUUUUAUGGAAGGAUAAAGCGUCUUUGUGAAACUGAGCUUGGUGUAAUAACUCAGUGUUGUCUACCUAAGAAUGUUCAUAAAGGUGGCAGACAAUAUCUCCAAAACUUAGCCCUUAAAAUUAAUGUUAAGGUUGGUGGCCGUAAUACAGUCCUUGAAGAUGCUUUAAAUAGGAGAAUACAUUUGUUAACAGAUUUGCCUACAAUAAUCUUUGGAGCUGAUGUUACCCACCCAGCUCCAGGGGAGGAUGCAUCCCCGUCAAUUGCAGCGGUUGUUGCAUCAAUGGAUUGGCCAGAAGUUUCAAAGUACAGGUGCCUUGUGUCUUCUCAAGGUCAUAGGGAAGAAAUCAUAACUGAUCUUUUCACACAAGUGAAGGAUCCACAAAAGGGACUUGUUCACGGUGGAAUGAUCAGGGAACUGCUUGUGUCAUUCUAUAAGGCAAAUGGGGGCCGUAAACCAAGCAGGAUAAUUUUCUAUCGAGAUGGUGUCAGUGAGGGGCAGUUUAGCCAGGUCUUGCUUUAUGAAGUGGAUGCUAUUCGAAAGGCGUGUGCCAGCUUGGAGGAGGGCUACCUUCCUCCAGUGACAUUCAUAGUGGUGCAAAAGCGGCAUCACACUCGGCUUUUCCCUGAAGAUCAUCGUGCACAUGGACAGACAGAUCGCAGUGGAAAUAUUUUGCCAGGAACUGUUGUUGACACGAAGAUAUGCCAUCCAAGUGAAUUCGACUUCUACCUUUGUAGUCACUCAGGCAUUCAGGGAACGAGCCGGCCAACACACUACCAUGUUCUGUUUGACGAAAAUAAUUUCACUGCCGAUGCACUGCAGACAUUGACCUACAAACUGUGCUACACGUACGUGCGAUGCACGCGAUCAGUCUCUAUAGUUCCCCCGGCAUACUACGCACACCUGGCGGCUUUCCGUGCGCGCCACUACUUGGACGAUGGCCUCUCCGACCAAGGAUUGUCUUCUGUGGCGAGCUCUCGCCAGCAAGACCACACUGCUCCGGUGAAGCAGCUGCCGAAGGUGAUGGAGAGCGUCAAGCAGUUCAUGUUCUACUGCUGA